UGUACUCUGGACUGGGUACCUGUUGUACGAUGGAUGGGUGGCGCAGAUCGAACUCUGUCUUUCUUUGUUUUGGUGGAUAGAGUUUACUAUGCAGUUGCCUCUUUCUAUCUAUCUGUCUUUUCUGUCUGUCUCUCUGUGUCUCUCUGUGUCCCUUCGUGUCUCUCUAUUCCAAGUGGAUCAUCCAGCACACCGAAUCCUUAAUCCCCAAUCCAAACAAUGGAGAAGCUUGAAGCUCCAAAUCCACCCAAGCAAGAAGCAACCCGUCCAGGGUAACCGUCCCAGCGACUGGCCAAGCCGCAGCACCCACUACCCAAUAACAAUAUCACCUAGUACUCCGUAGUAGUAGCAUCCAUGAUAGUAAGUCCCUAGUCAUUUACCCUGUUAUUUAACCGGACCCAUAUUUCUUCCUUCUUUCUUUCUCUUAUUCUUUUC